AGCGCAGCUGGCCUGCCGGGGCCCGCUGGAGGAGCCAUGGGAGACACCGUCCCCCUCAUCGACGCGCAGACCGCGAACAUCCUCGGGAGCAUCAACAAGUUCACCGUCCAGCAGCAUGUGAAGAUCUUCGACAAUUGCAUCGAGCAGCCAAACACGUACACGAUUUACAACUUGGACACCCAGCAAGCGCUUAUUCGAGUGCAGGAGAGGUCCGAGUGUUUGCCGCGAAUCUGCUGCAAGCCCCACCACAGCAUUAUCCUGGAGUUCAACGCGCUCGACCCCGCCGGAAACGAGAUCUUCCCAGUCAUCACCAUGGAGCGCGAGGGCUGCUGCUCCAAACCAUGCACGGGCGGGUUCGUCUGCGUCGACUGUUGCGCCCAAGAAGCCUACGUCCACGCCGGCGCCAUCCAAAACGUCGAGGCCCACCAGGCUGGCAAGCUCCCCAAGGAUCGCGUCAUCGGCCGCAUGAAGCAGCCUGUGCCCUUCGCCGGAGGAUUGCACCCCACCAUUCAGGUGAUGGAUCGCACUCCGACCAGCGACGAGCACUGGGCGUCCGUCGUGGGUCCCACCUUAUUCGGCGGGUGCUCUGAGAACUGCUGCAACGUGCCCUUCGGGGUCAAGCGAGUCAACAAGGACGGCAGCGUUUCGGUUGACGUUGGCAACAUCGCGACCAUCACCAAGCUCAAGCCCAAGUCCCUGACUGGCGCGAUCCGCGAGAUGCUCACGGACUCCGACAUGUUCCAGUUCGAGAUCCAUGAUCCGUCCGUGACGCCUCAGCAGCGUGCCUCCCUCAUCGGCGUGCUCCUCCUUGCCGAUUACAUGUUCUUCGAGCGCAACCUCGACCAGUGUGGCUAUAACGAUGGCUGCUACAUCAACCUGUGCCUCUGCUACUGCAUGGGCGCGCUCUUCCCUUGCCAGCUUAAGCUUCCGAAGCAAUAGCUGCGGGGAGCAAAUGAGGGACAGUCGCUGCCGCGAGUGUAAUAAAAUCAAGCGAGACGAGCGCUAUAAACUCGCCACAAACAACCCAUUAC